AUGUUGGACAAGACGACCUCCUUUCUCGACAGGCGUCCCUGCGAUGUCAAACCGCUCACGGGGCCGUCAUGGCAACGCAUGGUUCCCUUGCGCCUCCUGCGCAUCGCCAUGAUCGUCACCGCGGCCAUCUUCCUCUUUGGAGUCUACCAUUUCAAGGAUGAACUGCAUCAGAGAGUCCAGCGGGAGAGCGUCCUGCCGCCGGUCGUGCCCCUGGUUGUGGCGGCCGCACCUCCUGCCGCCGAAGCCGCACCUCCCGCCGCCGAGGCCGCACCUCCCGUCGCCGAGGCCGCACCCGCCGCGCAGGCUGCGGUCCCCGCGGCUGAUCCUCCGCCGGCUGCCAAGGAGGAGCCGCAGGAGCCCCCGAAGCCGCAGCUGUCCAACCAGGAGUUGUCGAUGCUGGCGGCCGGGAACAGCACGCUUGGCUUCCGCUCCAUCGAAUGGAUCAACCUCAAGCACCGCUUCGACCGGCUCGACGCCCUCUCCCUGCAGGCGUACCUGACCGGACUUGACGUGACCAUCGUUCCGGCCGUCGAGCCGGGCGAGAUCUUUGACAGCGGGAUGCCACCCACCCAUCGGCCGGUGGUCAAGACGGAGGAAAAGGGCUGCUGGAGAGCGCAUGCCAAUAUUUGGGCCAAGAUGCUCAGGGAGAACACGCCGGCGACGCUCAUCCUCGAAGCGGACGCGACCUGGGACAUCAACAUCAAGGAAAUCAUGAUGAACUUCAACAAACAUUUCACACCCUUCAUCAUCGAGCAGCGGUUGACGCCCCAAACCGAAGCCGGCUGGUACGCCAUGAGGGAGGCCGAGAAGAAGGGCCCCGACCACGUGGAGCAGGUCGACUACGACCCCAACGACCCCUGGCACAGCCGAUACUGGGACGUCCUCUCCAUCGGCCAGUGCUUCGAGGGUGACGCCUUCAAGUGGGCGAGCAAAAAGUUCCCCGACCCCCACGUACCCGCCGGCAAGGAUUUCUUCGGCGAGACGCUCGGCGAGGAGAGGGUGGUGCGUCAGUCGGGGGGCAUGAUUUGCACCACCGCCUACGCCGUCAGCCGGGCCGGUGCCGCCAAGCUUCUUGUCCGCGGCGCCAUGGAUCUCGACAAUCCUGUCGACCAGCUCAUCUCCCAGAUGAUCGCCGGCGGCGGCCUCAAGGUUUACAGCGUCAUGCCCUCCAUCAUGGCCCAGUGGAAGUACGCGAACAACAUCGGCAUGGACGCCCGCCACGCAAACAGCGACGUCAACAAGAAAGAAUCGAGCGACCCCCGGAUCGACUGGACCGAGGUGAGGAAGACGGGAACCGUUUGGGUCGAUAGGGAAAACCACCCCAAUGUCGCCUUCAAGCAGAAUGCCUUGCGCGUCGCUUGGGAACGCAUCGUCGGCGACCGAUCUCUGACUGAUUCCUCCACGGCGGACCCGAAGAAGGAGGAGGAGGAAAAGAAGGAGUGA